AUGACUGGUUACGAUAAAAUACCGCAAUAUAUCUAUGACAGCGGCUAUCAAGGUUUUCAAAAUAUCAAUGCUUCACGUAUUCUGAGAGAUAUUACAUUCGUGAGGUUAAAUCUGGAAAAUAUUUGCAUGAAUGAAGAAGAUGAAUUUAUCAUGGAGGUGAUCAGGAAACGAUCUUUGUUUGGAUUUAUUUUGGAAUAUCAAUUUCCAUCAGUGGAUGCUGCUUCUACUUCAUUGAAAGCAAGGGUUCGCAUACAUGCAAAAUCCUUCAAUGGUAAUAUCAUUCAUUUCCGACAUAAACGCGUUAUACGCAUUAAAAUGAUUCCGGAAUUGGUCAAUUUAUGGAAACGAUCACCAUUACUGUUAGCAGUUUAUGCAAAAUUGAACACAUUAGGAAAAUAUUCUAUUAAAAAACUGGGAAGCUGUGAAGUGCCUUUGGAGGAACUUGUUAUUCCUCCUUUCAUCAUCUAUCGAGAUUUUCUGUUUGCUGGUCCCGGAUUUUCAGCUUCUGCCUUAAUAAAAAUCGAUCUUGGAUCACAUGUACGAUUGUUGAUGGAAAGGCUAGAAUGGAUGAGAAAUGGUAAGUUACCUCAAGAUGGAUCAGCUACUCGUGCCAGAUCGAGAUCUUCAUCCAGAAAAGGAUCAAUUUACGGUUCUAGUCGACUAACAUCUCCACUACCACAGCGUCGUGCUUUCUCCUCAUCUCCUCCCUUGUUGAGACCAUUUCCUCCACCGCUGAAUCUUGGUAGUAGUCCACGAAAUACUCCGUUGUCUUCUCCUCAGCAAUUUAAUGCUCCGCGUGCAGCAAUACGUGAGCUUUGUCCAACAAGUCCAUCUUACCGAAUCAAACUAACCGUUUAUUCGGCUCGUCGUUUGCCUCUUUCAUUCAAUUCCAGAGGUGAUGCUGUUGCGCCAUCAACUUAUCUAACGGUGAUUGGAGAAGAUGGGCGGACUUUGAGUUCGCCUGUACGUGCUGGAACAUUGCAUCCAGAAUGGAACUGGACAGAAACAUUCAAUGUAUCAAGAAGUCGUCAGAAUUUGGUAGUGAAAUUAUGGAAACGUUGUGUUGUUGGGUCAGAUAAAGUAAUUGGUUUUAUAUCACUCCAACUGCCACCUACUGAAACAGGAAAAUCGGAAUACGAAAUGUCAGAUUUAUCGAUUUCAGAUCAGGCUCCGCUGAUUACGCUCUCUAUUUCAUGUGAAACCCUUUCACAUACUGGAUCAUAUAAUGACACACCGUUAUUGGUCUCAUUGUCACCGCCAGUACCGCUCAGGCCAGUCCUCUCUGGAGCAUCUCUACGACUACAAAAAAUGACAAGCGAGGAAAUAUACGAAAAAUUGAGGAAAAACAUCUCCGAAUUGGAACGAAUGAUGGCACAACUAAAACAUUUGUGA